UCUCCAAUGUCAGAUUGGAGUCAGGAGUGCAGGGAGAGAGAGGCAAAAAGCAGCGUAACAUUCCCACCCAGUCCAGCAUGACUGAUCUUAAACUUCCCUUCUAUCGGCGGUGCAGCAGCGACUUUGGUACAGGUCUUUGAGAGACAGAUAUAUUGCAUUGACCGAUCCUACCCACUGUUUUCAGCGACAGACCGUAGGGUAGGCUAGAAAAGCAUGAAUAUAGAACGCACUGAGGAGCAAAGAGACGGCAAGAGAGGACGGUAACGGUCCGGAUAGAAGAGUUGCUUUGAAGAGGGUGACGGGAGAGACCCACCAUGUGCAGCUCUCUGAGUCCCAAGCAGCCGAUUGGCCCAGGCCUGACGGAUAUGCAGCAGUAUAGCCAAUGGCUGGCCAGCCGCCAUGAAGCCAGCCUUUUGCCAAUGAAGGAAGACCUAGCCCUAUGGCUAACCAGCAUGCUGGGUCUGGAGAUCACAGCAGAGAGCUUCAUGGAGCGUUUGGACAAUGGCUUCCUGCUGUGCCAGCUGGCUGAGACGCUACAGGAGAAGUUCAAGCAGAACCAGACUCAGAACCAUGGAGAACUGCCUCUUGGCAAUAGAGAGGCCAUCCCAUGCCGGAGGAUCCCGUGUCGUGCCAGCGCUCCCUCCGGGUCCUUCUUCGCCAGGGACAACACAGCUAACUUCCUGACCUGGUGUCGUCAGGUGGGGGUGGGAGAGACCUGCCUGUUUGAGUCUGAGGGACUGGUUCUUCACAAACAGCCUCGGGAAGUAUGCCUCUGUCUCCUACAGCUGGGAAGGAUAGCGUCUCGGUACAACGUGGAGCCUCCGGGGCUUAUCAAGCUGGAGAAGGAGAUAGAACAGGAGGAGAAAGUAUCUCUACCCUCACCUGUCUCUCCCUCCCCAUCCCUCUCUCCCUCCCCUUCUCCAAACCCCCCAUCCCCCUCUCCAACCUCUCCAUUCCCCUCUCCAACCAAGUGCUUGUCGUCUAGCAAGAAGAGCACAGGGAAGCUGCUGGAUGAGGCUGUGAAGCAUAUCUUUGAGGAGCCUCCCUGCAAGUGUCCCAAUAAAUUCUGUGUGGAGAGACAGGCUCAGGGCCGCUAUCGCGUCGGGGAGAAGAUGCUCUUCAUCCGGAUGUUACACAACAAGCAUGUGAUGGUGCGUGUGGGAGGAGGCUGGGAGACUUUUGAGAGCUACCUGCUGAAACACGACCCAUGUCGGAUGCUCCAGAUCUCCAGAGUGGAGGGGAAGACCUUUCCCAUGUCCCCCAAGUCCCCCAACACCAAGGACCUCACCCCAGACAGCUACUUGGUGGUGGCCGCACACUACCGCAGCAAGAAGUAAAGAUGGCCGUACACUACCGCAGCAAGAAGUCAACUGACGCUUCAACCAAGGGGAUCAGUUUGAGCAAUGCGAGGAUGGUGGUGGUGGCCUACUACCGCAACAAGAAGUAAAGAUGGCCAACUACUACCGCAACAAGAAGUAAAGAUGGCCACCUACUACCGCAACAAAAAGUAAAGAUGGCCACCUACUACCGCAACAAAAAGUAAAAAUGGCCGCCUACUACCGCAACAAAAGUAAAAAUGGCCGCCUACUACCGCAACAAGAAGUAAAAAUGGCCGCCUACUACCGCAACAAGAAGUAAAGAUGGCCGCCUACUACCGCAACAAGAAGUAAAAAUGGCCGCCUACUACCGCAACAAGAAGUAAAGAUGGCCGCCUACUACCGCAACAAGAA